AUGGCUAUCUCUAAGAACUUACCACUUUUAAAAAACCACUUCAGAAAGCACUGGCAAGAAAGAGUCAAGGUUCACUUUGACCAAGCCGGUAAGAAGACUUCCAGAAGAUUGGCAAGAGCUAAGAAGGCUGCUGCUUCUGCUCCAACCCCAAUUGACUUGUUGAGACCUAUUGUCAGAGCUCCAACUAUCAGAUACAACAGAAAGGUUAGAGCUGGUAGAGGUUUCACUUUGGCUGAAAUCAAGGCUGUCGGUUUGACCCCAGCUAAGGCUAGAUCCGUCGGUAUCGCCGUUGACCACAGAAGACAAAACAGAUCUGAAGAAGGUUUCCAAUUGAACGUUAACAGAUUGAAGGAAUACCAAUCUAAAUUGAUUGUCUUCCCAACCAAGGGUAAGAAGCCAUCUGCUGAACAAGUUUCCGCCGCCGCUGUUUUCCCAAUUGUUGCUGCUUCCACUGAAGUUGAAACCAAGGCUAUCUCCGAAGAAGCUAAGUCUUUCGAAGCUUACAAGACCUUGCGUUUGGCCAGAUCUGACAAGAAGUACGCUGGUAUCAGAGAAAAGCGUGCUAGAGAAAAGGCUGAAGCUGAAGCUGACAAGAAGAAGAAAUAA